UUUAGUCACAUUAUUUAUCUUGAAUUAAUAACUAGACAAAUGGAUGAAGAAUUUGUUGAAACAACUAAACUUAACCAUACUAUAGAUGAUGUUAAUAUGCCAGCAGUGACUGCUAGCUUAGAAAUGUUAACAGUAAAUACUAAUUUACAUUCAAUAUCAGAGAAUAAAAAGAAUCUUAGAAAAAGAAUACCAAAAGCAGUUCCCGCAGAACUUUUGAAUAGAAGAUGCAGUCGUAGACCAAAAAAGAGAAAUUGUAAAGAAAUGGAAAGCAAUGAAGAUAUUAAAGAUUACUAUUUAGAUAAAAGUUUUAAAAAAAAGGUAAAUAAUUUGGAAACAAUUUUUGAAGAAACGGCAAAUGCAAAUGAAAAUUCUAUAUAUAUGAGUGUGAAAAGGUACAAAAGGAUGAUUCAAUUUCAACAACAACCUAAUGAUUCUAAAUUGCAAAAAAGAAGAACUAAAAUUAAAAAAAUGUUUGGAACAAAGAUUAAUUUUAGAAGAAAACAUGGAUCUAUGCAAGCAUUACUUAAUAAGUUAAACUACAUCAGAUCUAAUUCACCAGUGAAUUCUGAAAGUAAAACGAAGUGAUUGUUAUACUGUAAAUGCUUAGUAGUGCUAUAUUUGAUUAUGCUAUUUUUAUAAACAUUAAUGACAUGUGAAUUUAUAUAUCUUAAAAAAUAUAAUAUUAAGAAAUA